AUGGACGUCGUCCCUGCGGCUACAUCUCCAAGUAUUUACCCUCUCGACCUCGUGAGUUUCGGGCGCAUGGUCCUCGACCGUGGCCUCGUUCUCCCGGAGGCCAAGGUGGACAACAUCUAUCUCCCCGUCGACAAGUUCAAGCUCCUGCGCAUCGAUGACUGUAUUGUGCGUAAGAACGUCAGCGACAUCAAGGUGAUGGACAGGAGCCACCUGUACCCCGGACAGGUGGUCGCGUCCGCGUCCGACAUGGGCGGCCAGCUUGGCGUCGUCACCGGCGUCAACACCCUGCUCAACCUCGCCAAGCUCGACAACAACGGCAUGGCGACCAAGAUCAUCAAGGGAGUGUCCCCGUCUAGCCUGCGGCGAGUCCGGAGCCUCAACCUCGGGGACUUUGUCGUGUCCGGUCCGUGGCUCGGCCGAGUCGUGGAGGUGUAUAUCGACAUUGAUGUGUUGUUUGAGGAUGGAGCAAUCUGCAGGGUCACCGACGCGGAGGCCGUGUCCAAGAACCUGGAAAGAGUGACUGACAGCUACACCAUGGUGAGCAUGCAUCGCCACCAAAUGAACAGUCAAUUCCACCAGGGGCAACACGUCAUCGGGUCGGAUGCUUGUUCAGUCUUCAAGGCGGCGCGGUGGCUUAAUGGCUAUUGGCAUCCUCAACGAGAAAUAGGAAGAAUCAUGAAGGUGGAGACGUCUGGUGUACUCGUCUACUGGGUUGCAUCGAUGCAUUGUGGCACCGACAAAGAGCUAGUGGAGGCAUCCGCUCCUCCGGCCUACCAGAACCCAGACGAUCUAACAUUCUUCUGCGCCUCGUACAAUUGCUGCUGGGGGCUUGCUGACCGCUGUUUUUUUCUUGAAACUAGUUCCAUCGAAGGGGAUGCAACUUCUGCUCCUGAUCAACACAAUGGUGAUGAUGAUAAUGAGGAGGAGGAGGAGGAGGAGGAGCAACACAGUGCAUGUUCAGAAGACAAUCAAGACGAGUGUGAAGCAUCAACCUCCCGGGUGGUACCACCCACAAAGCAGAAUGAUGUGAGGUUUUAUCAGAAGCAGCUAAGGAAGGUCCGCUUUGAGGGACACAGAUGGGGCAAGCACCUGCAAGCAAUGAGACAUGUGGAGGUGGAGUUUCCCAUGGUCGUCGCCAACACGUGCACCACCGUCGACGUGUUGUGGCAGGACGGCACACGGCAGCAUGGCAGACCUUCAACAACCCUUGUCCCCUUUGGGAUCAUGAAUGAGCAAGAGUUGUUCCCGGGACAGCAUGUCGUCGCAAACGUUCUUCCUAUUAAUGCCGAUGUUGAUGCUACUGGUGAUCCUGAUGACAUGACAACUACUAGUAUGAAUAAUGACAAUGCUGCUCCUGGAAGUAGACCAAUGGAGCGUGUGGGCAUCGUCAAGAGCCUGCAGUAUGAGGACCAGACGGUUUGUGUGUCAUGGUUCAAGGCGACAAGGCACCCUGAUGAGGUUAAGGAGGUGGAGUGCGAUGACACCGUCAGUGCUUACAACCUAAAGAUAGACCCUAGCCACUCUGCUUACUACGGAGAUAUAGUCAUUCGUCUCCUACCAUCAGGAUCAACCGACAACGGUGAAAGCACACCGUUGUUACAGGGAAACAAGAAGAAAAAUGGCGUUGCUGCUGAUCUUUCGUGGGUGGGGCGUGUAGUUGAACUUCCUAAUGGGCAAGUCCAAGUCAAGUGGGGUGAUGGUAGCAUGUCAACGGUAUUGCCCCAUGAGAUCGCCGUCGUCAAGGACGAGCACUACAUGGAGCUAUGGCUUGAAAUGGGCGACUGGGUAGAGGACGAUGGCACCGAUGAUGCCCCUGAAGAACCGGCUGCUGCCAACACGGAUAUCAAUCUUCAGAAUCUAGAUAAUAAUGUCGAUGGUGUCAACCUGGCAAUGUCGAGGACAAGCCUUUUAGGUUUAUCGUUCCAGUCUUUCCUCCAAUUGACCAGCGACGUGGUGGCUCGAGGUAAAGGACACUUGAUGAACUGGUGGCCCUGGUCGUCGUCCUUACCAAGCUCAGAGUUACCCGCGCACACGAAUGAUGAUAGUAUCGGUGGUGCUGCACUGGAGACCAGCGAUGCUGCCGUAGAUGUGACCAGCCAUGGUUUUGCCGAGGGAAUGAAGGAUGCAGAUGCUACCUGUUUCUGCGACAAACCGUUCUGCUUUCCAUGUUUUGAUGUACUGCAGAUUAGCCCUUUGGAUCACCACUACCUUGACAGUACGGACAAGGGCGCUAGCCGUGGGAAGAGUUGGGCCAAAACAGUGCAAAAAGAAUGGAAAAUUCUGGAGAACGGCUUACCAGAAACCAUUUACGUCCGAGCGUUCGAGGACCGCAUGGAUCUACUUCGGGUGGUGAUGGUGGGCACGAGUGAGACACCAUACCAUCACGGCCUCUUCUUCUUCGAUUUGCAGCUACCUCCAUCGUACCCGGAUGCCCCACCGCAAGUGUACUACCACUCCUUUGGCCUACGCCUCAAUCCCAACCUCUACGAGUCUGGUACAGUGUGCCUCAGCUUGCUAAACACGUUCGGUGGCGAGGACACUGAGGUAUGGUCGUCGGCAACUUCAAGCCUGCUCCAAGUCGUUGUCUCCAUCCAGGGCCUCGUCCUUAAUGACCAACCAUACUACAAUGAGGCCGGCUAUGAGACAUUGGUUGGCAAACCAGAGGGCCACCGCAAUGCGCUGCCCUACAAUGAGAAUGCUUACCUACUAACCCUCCGGACCAUGCAACACCUUUUACGUCGGCCACCUCGGGGAUUUGAGGAAUUCGUCAAGGAACACUUCCGCCGUCGGGGAAAAUUUGUGCUUAGGACAUGCAAUGUGUGGCUUCAGGGAAAUGUUGUCGACGAUGCCCAUGCCACUGAAGCGACUAGGAAGCGGCCGUGUUCGGCUAGGUUAAGGCUUGCACUCACAAACGUGAUGCCAAGCCUUGUGGCAGCCUUCACCGAGAUCGGCGCCGAGGGGUGCGAAGAGUUCCAGUAG